AUGGAGCCCUCCAUCCCUCGGCCCCUCGAGGGCUGGAGGGAUCGAUGGGUCGAGAAGGUCGAGAAGGUCGAGGGGGUCGAGUGCGAGGGACCGAAGAGGUCGAGCGAUCGUCGAGCGAUCGCGGGGGUCGAGGGAUCGAGGGAUCGAGGGUUCGAAGAGCUCACUAUCCAACACCAGGUCAAGUACGAGAAGGACGUGGGGUGCGGCGGCGGGUACAUGAAGAGCGGGCUCGAACUCGAUGACCUGACCACGACGCAUCUAAUAUUUCAUCACGAGGGUAUCAACGUGCUCGAGAAAUCCGACCUCUCUUAUAAGUGGGGCGAGGACGCUGGCAUCUCCCACCUGCGCCGCAUGGUUCUCAAGCGGUACAACUCCGUCCGCGUCGAGUUCGACGAGGAACAAAUCGUUAAGGGAUUCAUCAAAAAGGACGGGGGCCUGAAACCGGAGGAGGCUCCGGACCCUGACGACAAGGAGCCAGCGGAUUGGGUGGACAGCUCCAUGAUGGACGAUCCAGAGGAGAAGAAGCCAGACGACUGGGUGGAGGAGAAGCGUAUCGUGGACGAGUCGGCGGCGAAGCUGGAUAACUGGGACGACGAGGAGGACGGCGAGUGGGAGGCCCCCAUGGAGGACGAUCCCGCGUACAAGGGUAACUGGAUCGUCAAGGGGACCGAGAGCCUGGCUUACAAGGGGAUCUGGGAGGCCAAGAAGAAUAUCGUUCACUCGUACGCUGAUUUCGGCUUCUUGGAGUUUCACUUGUGGCAGGUCAAGGGUGGCACCGUUGUCGACAUUAUCAUCUUGUGCGAUGAUGUGGCCGAGGCCGAUGCGUUCGCCAAGAAGUGGAGAGCAGUGAACGAGGUCGACACGGCCAAAAAUAAUGAUGAGGACGAGGCCAAGAAGGCCGAG